AUGCGAAUGUUGAGCCGUGUCACCUUUCUCGUGUGGAUAUGCUCCCAAACUACUGGGACGCCACGUUCAGCACGGAAGAGAACUCUGGAAGUACCUGACGAAGCUUUCGGUGUGGUGAAAGACGUCGAACUCAUACUGGACAAAGCAGUCAGAGAAGGCGAUCGUGUACUCGUGUUGACAGCAAAUGAGACUACUGGAGCUCUGAAGUCUAUAUGCCUGAAAACACUGUCGCUUCUGCCAGUGACUGUGAUGUUGGCAAGUGAUUUAAAAAAUUCCUUUGAAUUAUCGGACGAUUUCAAUGUAGUGAGAAGGUACAAAAGAGUGUGCGAAAGAGUUAGCAUUAAUUAUCUUGUGUUCUUCAUAGAUAUUGUGUCAGAGUCGUCUUUGCGUGGAAGCUUGCAAACACUAAUUGGCCACUAUUGCUGGAAUAAUAGAGGACGGAUAGUUCUGUUACGCACUGACAGAUCGACAAACUUCGGCGCUGCAAGGAGAGAUCUACGUUUGCUCUGGAGCAACUACGUUGUAAAUGCUGCAUCAGUUAUACUGUCUGACAGGUACAGUCCUAGGGUCCUGACAUAUAACGGAUUCUUGGAGGAGCAAACUGGCACGGGGUGGCUCGAAGGAGGUGAACUGUUUCCGGACAAACUGCAGGACCUGCACGGGCACGGGGUCAGAACGAGCAUAUUUCCAUUCUACGACAAGGUUGUUAGGAGUGGUGCGGAUACGUUCGCGGGGCCGGACGCGUGGGAAGUAGAGGCGGUGGUGAGCGCUAUGGGGGGCAGGACCGUGUUCCUACUGCCGAGGAGGUGGGAGGAGGAAUUCGUGGGGAUGACGGAGGAGCUGACCACAGGGCGAGCGGACGUGGGCGCCAACGGGGCGCAGCUGGGGACGGCGCCGUCCACGGACGCCGACGUGGAGGCGGGCGCGCCGCGGCGCUUCAGCUCGGUGUGCGCCGCCGUGCCGGCGGCCGGUGACGCCCCCGCCGCCCUCCACCUGCUGCGGCCCUUCUCCCCGCCAGUGUGGGCCGCCGUCGCCGCCGCCGCUGCCGCCGCCGCUGCCUGCAGGCUCCUCGUGCUCGCCACAGCCUCUCCACCGCCAGACGUGCAGGGCUGGGCGCUGCUGGUGGCGGGGUGUGCGCUGGACGCGGUGUGCGGCCUGCUGUGUGGCGUCCUGCCUGCCCGCCGCGGCGCAGCCGGCCUGGCGCAGCGAGUGCUGCAGCUGGCGCUGUCGGCGCUCUGCCUGCUGGUGUGCAGCGCUUUCCAGGGCUCGCUGACUGGCUACCUGGCACUGCCCGCCCAGCUGCCGGACAUAGACACGCUGCGCCAGCUGCGACUGUCCGGCCUGCGAGUCUUAUCUUUCCCGGGCACUGCAGACGCUUACCGCCACCUCGACCCGGACGACCCUCUGUUCGGGCUCGCUGACCGCCUGGUGGAGCUGGAGCACUACGGGCCCGUUAUGGAGCGCGUCAUUCAAGACAAGGUGGCGGCCAUGAGCACCGCGGCCAUCGGGCAUUACUUGGCAGCGCUGCCCGAGUACACACAAUCUGACGGUCGGCCGCUCGUGCACAUAAUGCGCGAGUGUGUUCUCAGUGCUGUGCCUGUCGUACACAGAAUGACGCCGGGUUGUCCGUUCCUGGAGCGCUGGAACACGCUGCUGGGCCGCGUUGCGCAGUCAGGCCUCCGCUCCAGAUGGCAAAACGCUGUGUCCCUGAGAAGGCGUCCAACACACAGUGCGGCGCCCAACGGCGCCACUGUGCUGCGGUUGCACCACCUCACAGGCGCCUUUCUCACUCUCGCCAUUGGUUCUACAAUUGCUGUUCUUGUCUUCUCCAUCGAGGUCAUAGUCCAUCGCCUCCAAUAUGCAUCUGCCCGUUAG